CUCGGUAUAUAUCCCCACAUCAGGUCCCCUUGACUGUCUCCUUCACACAGUGGGCUCGCAGGCAGACACAGCUGACUUUCACCCGAGCUGGCCGCUGUCCUUGCAGUAACGAGAGGCAAACAGGGAGCUUGCAAUGAUCUCGCUGGACUUCAAUUUCAACAUUUUGACUCGGGACCUGUCGCAUUAUCUGGAAAAUCAAGUGAAAGUUGGGCUGUUCGGGUCGGGAGUGGGACUGUCUCUGGUGCUGGGCUUUAGCGCAGCGUACACCUGCUACUAUCUGCUCUCAGUAGCGAAGAAGCCACAGCUCAUCUCAGGGGGCAAGAAGUUCUACCACUUUCUGAGGGAGCAAUGUCCGGUAGUGUCAGAGACCUACUACCCCACCUUUUGGUGCUGGGAGAGCCGCAUCCAGACUCUGCUGAGACCCUUUGUCACAGCCAAACCUGGAGUUGUCUACAGAAAUGAGCUUAUUAAGGCAGCAGAUGGAGGACAGAUCUCUUUGGAUUGGUUUGACAACGACGAGAGCCUCUCUCAUCCCGACCCGGCCACUAGGCCCACAGUCCUCCUCCUACCCGGUCUGACCGGCACCAGCCGAGAGUCCUACAUCCUGCACAUGGUCCAACAGAGCCGGGAUCUGGGCUAUAGAUGCGUGGUUUUCAACAACAGAGGAGUUUCUGGUGAAACGCUGCUGACCCCGAGGACCUACUGUGCAGCCAACACAGAGGAUCUGGAGACUGUUAUUGAGCACAUCCAAAGGACGAAUGAAGCUGCUCCAAUCAUGGCUGCUGGAGUAUCAAUGGGCGGGAUGAUGCUUGCCAACUACUUGGGUCGCAAGGGCCGGGAGACCUGUCUGAGGGGGGUCGUCGUCUUCUCAGCAGGCUGGGAUGUGUUUGAGUGCACCGCUUCACUGGAAAAACCCCUGGACCGCUUCCUCUUCAACUCCUACCUCACCAGCUGCCUACAAGCCUCUGUGCACAGACACAGACCAGUGCUUGAAAAGUGUUACGACAUCGAUCAUGUCAUGAAGGCAAAGACCAUUCGUGAGUUUGACGAGAGGUUCACCUCCAUAAUGUUUGGUUAUCCUACCAAUGAUGACUACUACCAUGAUGCCAGUCCUGUCCACAGGCUGAAAUCUGUGCAGGUGCCAAUGCUGUGUCUGAACGCCGCUGAUGAUGUCUUUUCCCCAUCUCACGCCAUUCCAGUGGAGGCAGUGAAGCAGAACCCCAACCUGGCCCUGCUCAUUACCUGCCACGGCGGCCAUAUUGGUUUCCUCGAAGGCCUAUGGCCUCGACAGAGCACUUACAUGGACCGAGUCUUCAAGCAGUUUGCUAAGGCGGUCAUCGAAAAAGGCAGCGGACUCCAAGACCUCUCGUGAUAAGAGAACUUAACAAAGUGUUCCUCUACUUUUACUUCCUCUCUCUCGUAUGCCUUUCUUCUUUCUUUCCUUCCUUCCUUUAAUGUUUUCUUUCAUUUUUGCCAUCCAUCUUUACUUACUGCAUUCCAUGUUUUUUUCCUUUCAUUUUUAUUCAAUACAUCCUCGUUUUUCUUUCUUCACCCAUUUCAUUGACCUUUUACCGUCUGUCACAUUUGCCCUUCGUUCCUCCUUUCUGCAUUCCAUCCAUCCUCUAUUCCUUCCCUCUCUACCUAAUCCCGUUCUACCUAUUUCCUUCCUUCCAUUGACUUUAUUUUAUCUUUGCCCUUCGUCCUUCCGUCCCAUUCUUCCUCCCGCCGCAAGCAAAAAACAAAAAAUGUUCUUUCUCAUUUGAAGGGCACAUCUUAAUGAAUGCAGCGUUUGUGUUGCGUUCAACGUUCAUUUAUUUAUUCCAUGCAGUUAACAGGUCAUUGUAUGUAAUCAUGCUCUCAGUGGUAUGCUUAUUGGAGAAAAAAAAAACGAGCAUAGCUGUUCAUGUCACUGUUGAAAAGCUGAAUCUGUGCCCAUCUUGUUUAGUUGCAUUAGCUAGCUAAAGAAUUCUGCAGUUACCUUGUGCAAUAAUGUUCUUUUGAAGUUAACACAAGUACUGUACAUGAAACUCCAAUCAUCUCUGUUCAUGAACCUGUAGUACUUAUAACAGUAGGAUUUUAGCCCUCAGGGAUUUUCUUUAUUUACUCAUAACUUCCUGUGUAAAUUUGCUUUGUCAAUCAGUCUCAUUUAGUUUGUGUUUUCCUUGUUUAAAGGUAGAUGUUAUUGACAUACAGUUGUUUUUUUUUCUUUAAAGUAAUAGUUUUAUAUUUUGGGAAAAACGCACAUCUGCUUUCUUGCGGAAAGUUAGAUAAGAAGGUUGAUACCACUUUCAUGGCAGCUUAGCUUAGCAUAAAGACUAGAACCAGGGGACACAGCUAGCUUGGCUCUGUCUAAAGGCAAUCUGGCAAUCCAUGCGCUCAUCAUGAUUUAGCCUCUGGGGGAAACAGCCAAUAUUUCCGGGGUGUAGCCAGUGGAUAUCUGGAAAAUAUAUCUGCUAAUAUAGUUGGAUCAGUACCAAGACUUUGUCCUCCGUGCGCCGGCCAUUGUUUACUGUCCAAUUACCAAUGGAGAAUGGAGUUAGAGUUGAGCAAUGAUAAUUUAUUUUAUUUAUUUAUUAUUUUAAUAUUAAGGACAUGAAAACAACAAUUUUUAAAAGAACUGAUAAAAACACUUAUACUUGGUGUAUAAAAACAGAGGAAAUAAAAGACAGUUUAAAUGAAAAUAAAAUUCGAGUAAAAUCAGAAAAGGCCCUCCGAUAAAAGUCUGUUUUAAGAAGGGACUUAAAACAGAUCACUGACUCGGACAGACUGUUCAAGAGCCUCGGGGCCCUGACAGCAAACGCCUCAAAGUACGUCCUGGCAUGUACGGCACUAAGAGAUCGGAGAUAUAUCUGGGAGAGAGACCAUGAAGAGCCUUAAAAGUAAUCAGUAAAAUUUUAAAAUCUAUUCUAAAACAUACCAGUCAGUCAGUGUGAAGAGGCUAAAACUGGAGUGAUGUGAUCACGUCUCUUGACUCUGGUUUAAAGCCUGGCAGCUGAAUCCUGUACAGUCUGGAGUCGAGUAAUAGAUUUUUAAAUCAGGCAAGAAAAGAGGCCGUUGCAGUGAUCGAGGUGUGAAGAGAUGAAGGCAUGUAAAAUUGUCUCUGUGCCUUUUGACUUUAAAAGUUAAAAUGGAUGAUCUCUAUAAACAGAUAUGUGAAUAUGAAUGCAGAUAGAUUUUUUAAAAAGGUAAAUCCCUGUCAGACAGUGGCCGAUGAGUUUCGAUAGAUGGAUGGAUGCACUUUGGCCAGUGCAUUCCACCUCCUGCCCACCUUUUGUUCUUCAUGUGCUCUGUUUACCUACAUGCAACCAAAAGCCUCUUAACACGCGAUUGUUUGAUACUACUCUUGACUAUGAACAGAAACCCGAACACUUGCCUUCAGAUUCUGCAUUCUGGUGCAGUGGUUAGCGUUGUCACCUCACAGCAAGAGAGUUCCGGGUUCGAACUUCUGUGCAGAGUUUGCAUGUUCUCCCCGAGUCAGCGUAGGUUUUCUUCGGGUUCUCAGUCAGUUGUUGACUAUAAGCGUGAGUGGUUGUCUGUCUCUGUGUGUCAGCCCUGUGAUAGUCUGGUGACCUGUCCAGGGUGAACCCUGCCUCUCCCCAACGUCAGCUGGGAUAGGCUCCAGCCCCCCCGCGACCCUUAACAGGAUAAGCGGUUAUGGAAAGUGAAUGAAUGAGAAAAUCCACCUACAAACAGAUUUUUUUUUAACCCCAGAGCUGAGCUGUUUCCCUCUGCCUCCAGUCUUUAUAUGCUAAGAUAGAGUCUCAUAUUUAUUGUACAGACGUGAGAGCGGUGUCAAUCUUCUCAACCAGCUCUCUGCAACGCAAAUGAGCAUAUUCCCCAAAAUGUCAAUCUUCUCCUUCCAUUAACCUUCUGCAUGCACUUUUAUGUUCACACAUUCUACCUUUACGCACACCAAAUAGUUCUACAAAUGUAUUAUACGGAGAAUAAUUCAUUAAUGACAAGGAAUGUGAAAUUGCACUAUUUUAGUUGAUACUACCAUGCCUCUAAUUCCUUAAUGCCAGGCACUUCGUUUCAUUCGAUAUAUGAAAGUAUAUCCCAAAGGCCAGACAGAGCAGUAUAUGAAUUCCAUGAGGUUUUCUUUGUGAAAAUGUCGGUGGUUAGUUCUGUAAGUAAGUGCGAGGGUGCUAGAUACAGUAAUGUGAAUGAAGUAAUGCACACAGGACGACGGAGAGUGUACAUAUUUGGCUGUUUGAAGUGCUGGAUGUUGCUUUAUGCAAAGUAUUGGUAAGAAACCUGGUUGUCAGUCGCUUCUGGUUCUGUUUCGCCAACAAUGAUCGAGGGGCUGGCUACCGUGUAUGAGUUGGCGUCGAUGAAACGAUCAGAUCCGGCGUGGCAGCCAGGCUUUCAGUAAUGCACCGCACGAGGGAUUUUUGACUUCCUGUUCCUGUGGAAUUUUGGUGUCUUUUUGUUCUGCCAAGUUGUCCAUUGAGUAGCAUGUGUCUCAUCAGUGUCAUCAUGUCCUGCACCUUAACACCACUUCUGUAGCACAAAGGACAUGUUUGGUUGUUUUUCAUAUAGAUGCUGCAUUUCAUUUUGUACACUACAUUAAAAGAAGAAGAAAAAAUGUGUGCAGCAAUAAGAUUUUAAAUUAAAAAAUGGUCUCUGUAGUAUAAUUACCAGUAUAUGCACAUUAUCACCAUGAGUGUAAUAUGCUGUAUUUAAUAAAUUAUUAAACAGU